AUGGAAGAAACAUCCCCAGACCCCCCAAACCCAUGGAUCCAAGCGACAAAACGCAUAGUAAAACUCCUCCUCCAUCAAUGGCUCCUAAUAGGCAUCGGGGUUGUCUGCGUCCUAGCCUACUUCUUCCCAAACGUCGCCAAACACGGCGGAACAAUCCGCUCAGAAUACAGCAUCAUGUACGGCGUGAUAGCAAUAAUUUUCCUAAUCUCCGGCCUGAGCAUCCCACGCCAGAAACUAUUUUCCCAGUUCCUGAAUUGGCGACUACACCUCGUUGUACAGGUGAUUUCAUUCUUAUUCAUUCCUGCGCUGGUCUUGGCUGUCGUGCAUAUCAUCCUAGCUGGGGAUCCAGGCGGCAAGAUUGACCGCGCUGUCUUGGCUGGGUAUAUCUUUACCGCAUGUAUUCCGACCACGAUUGCUUCGAAUGUUGUUAUGACGCGUGCUGCUGGGGGUGAUGAUGCUGCUGCACUUGUGGAGGUUUUGAUUGCUAAUAUCCUUGGGCCGUUUGUUACGGCUGCUUGGACUGUUGCGUUGAUUCCUAAGACGGCGGAGUUUGAUUUGUGGAGGAUUGGGGGUGGGGGAUUGGGGAGUAUGUAUAAGGAUGUGUUUCAGCAGCUUGGGUUGAGUGUUUUGUUACCUUUGUUUGUUGGGCAGCUUGUACGUUGGACUUGGCCGGAUCGGACUGCUUGGGUGUUGUUGAAGACCAAGUUGCCUAAAUUGGCGACUGUCUGUAUGCUUUUGUUGAUUUGGUCGACUUUCUCAUCCUGCUUCGCAACAGGAGCUCUUCAAUCCCUCUCCGCGCAAAGCGUGGUCUUCGUGGUUCUCUUCAAUAUCGCCCUCUACAUCUUCCUAACACUAAUCUGUUUCCUCGGCUCGAGACCACCGCGAAUAUUGAGCUCUCGGAAAUGGUCAGAGCCAAUGUUCAAGCGCAUGUCUCCUGAGGAAACCAUUGCAGUAUGUUUCUGUGGGCCGGCGAAGAGCACGGCACUCGGUAUCCCGCUGCUGUAUGCAAUGUGGCAGCCGAUUGAUCUCUUCACGAAAGCCAAGACUUCUGUACCAGUGUUGCUUUAUACCACAGAACAGAUUUGUGUUGCGCAUUUCUUUGUGCAGAUUUUCCAGAGGUGGCAUGCGAGGAUUGUUGAGAAGGAGCAUGUCGAGUAUGCGGGUGAUGCUGAGGCUGGGAUGACUGAGGCUGCGCGUGAGAAUCACAUUACAUGCGAUAAUGCCACCAUUUGA